AUGACCGCCAGAUGUUUGUUGUAUUGCUCCUGUACAGCCGAUGUUACGUGGACUGUGAAGAACGGCAACGCCAUCAAAGUAACAGAAGCCAAGCAUCGUGCUGGCGGUGGUGGUAGUGGUGUUGGUGGUGGUGGUAGUGGGGUUGGUAGUGCGGUUGAUGGUGGUGGUGGUAGUGGUGUUGGUAGUGGUGUUGGUGGUAGUGGUGGUAGUGGUGGAAGUGGUGGUGGUAGUGGUGGUGUUAGUGGUGGUGGUAGUGGUGGAGGUAGUGGUGGUGGUAGUGGUGGUGGUAGUGGUAGUGGUGGUGGUAGUGGUGGAGGUAGUGGUGGUGGUAGUGGUAGUGGUGGUGGUAGUGGUGGUGGUAGUGGUGGUGGUAGUGGUGGAGGUAGUGGUGGUGGUAGUGGUAGUGGUGGUGGUAGUGGUGGAGGUAGUGGUGGUGGUAGUGGUGGUGGUAGUGGUGGAGGUAGUGGUAGUGGUGGUGGUAGUGGUGGAGGUAGUGGUGGUGGUAGUGGUGGUGGUAGUGGUGGUGGUAGUGGUGGUGGUAGUGGUAGUGGUGGUGGUAGUGGUGGUGGUAGUGGUGGUGGUGGUGGUAGUGGUGGAGGUAGUGGUGGUGGUAGUGGUAGUGGUGGUGGUAGUGGUGGUGGUAGUGGUGGUGGUAGUGGUGGUGGUAGUGGUAGUGGUGGUGGUAGUGGUGGUGGUAGUGGUGGUGGUAGUGGUAGUGGUGAUGGUAGUGGUGGUGGUGGAGGUAGUGGUAGUGGUGGUGGUAGUGGUGGUGGUAGUGGUGGUGGUAGUGGUGCUGGUUGUAGUGGUGAUGGUGGUGGUAGUGGUGGUAGUGGUGGUGGUAGUGGUGGUGGUAGGGGUAGUGGUAGUGGUAGUGGUGGUUGUAGUAGUCUACGUCUUUCGUCUGUCUGCAGGAUGGCUGCCUCGUCUGUUAUUUCUAACAUUCCAUGA